CACCAAACUUUACGAGAUGAAAGCAGAAGCUUUAAGGUCUGACAUUAACUAUUAAAUUCACCGUGAAAGAGGCAAAACGCAAGGCUGAUUUACUUUGUAAAACUGAAAACCCAUUUAUAUUUCCAAUUUUCUUUUUAACAACAAAGAGAAGCCCUGCAUCAGCUAGAAAAGAAACCAAAACUUCUCAUAAAUUAGCAGGAAAAAAUAAAGAAAAGAUGAUCAACGCUCAAUGAAGAAUCAUUGAAUACCCACCAACACUCCCUGAUAAAUUCACCAACCCGAAUUAUAUUUUUUGUGAUAUAUUUGUAUUGAAUUCUUCUUUCAUUUAUGAAGGCUAACUUCUGACCGUUCCAAACUGCUAUCUUUCCGUUCCCAAGGUACCCUUGUCUAUGCUUCUCUCUCCUUUCAAAAACCUCUUCUUGACUUCCUCUUGAGUAGUAAUAUUAUUUUCAGGGCAAAGCAAAAAAAUUGUACUGAUAAUAACAAUUAUACUUGGAAAAGGAAUAGAGCUGUUCAUGCUCUACACAAAGACAAAAGUGCUUCACUUUCGUUGUUGUUCGUUUUGUUGGCUUCGAUAGACUUGCAAAGCCAGACAAGGUACUUUUUUUGAGGGAUUUUCUGGUCAUCACGAGAGCCCCUACCUAGUCCGCAUCAUAUUUAGCAAAUAAUAAUCUUGUAUUUGAAAACCCAGAAAACUGCUCAACAGUUGGUUCUACUUGGCAGUAGUGAUUUUAAUGGACUUUGCAGAAUUUGGAAAAGUGCUGCCACGGGUUGACUCAAAACUAGUUGUGAUAUGGUUUCGGUAAUUUGAAGUCUAGAGAAAGAGACUUGAGUUGGUUAAAGUUGGUGCCUUUUAGUUUUCUUCUUUCUUGGUGUUUCAAAGUUUCGACCUUUGGCUCAAAUGGAUUUUGGUUUCUUUGUUUCUUUACUAAUUCUGUCACUCUUCUUCAAGCUUUUUACUUGUCAACUACCCAAUACAGAUGAGUUUUAUGUCUCUGAUUUCUUGAAGAAGAUGGGCUCAAACUCUACGUUGUCCUACAACUCCUCCGCUUCCGUUUGUUCAUGGGAAGGGGUGCACUGUGAUACCAAGAAGGAGAACAUUAUUGGGUUUGAAGCUUCAGGUUUAGGCCUCUCUGGUUUGAUUCCUGAUUUCACCAUUGGAAAACUAACUCAGCUUCAGUCUUUGGAUCUUAGCAAAAACAAAAUCACCGCUUUGCCUUCAGAUUUGUGGAGUUUAGGCUCACUUAAGAGUCUUAAUCUCUCAUCUAAUCAGAUUUCAGGGUCUCUCCCGAACAGUAUUGGUAACUUUGGUCUGCUUGAAGUUAUUGAUCUUUCUGGCAAUAAUUUCUCUGGUGAAAUUCCUGCUGCUAUAAGCUCCCUAGUUAGCUUGCAAAUUCUUAAGUUUUCUGGAAAUGGGUUUGAAGGGAGCAUUCCAACAGGAAUUCUAAGUUGGCAGUCUUUAGUUUCACUCGAUCUCUCGGCAAAUCGUCUUAAUGGUUCCUUGCCAGAUGGUUUUGGUGCAGCAUUUCCUAAGCUAAAAACUUUGAACUUUGCCAGAAAUGAGAUUUAUGGCCGAGUCACGGAUUUUGUGGAAAUGAAGUCUCUUACAAGCCUUAACAUUUCCGGGAACUUGUUUAAUGGUUCAGUUAUGGAUGUGUUUCAAGGGCAGCUGGAGGUGAUUGACCUCGGCAAGAACCAGUUUGGAGGUCACAUUUCUCAGGUACAAUUCAAUUCUACUUACAAGUGGUCUCAUUUGGUUUUUCUAGACUUGUCUGAGAACCAGCUUAGUGGAGAAAUUUUCCUAGACCUGAGUCAAGCUCAGAAUCUUAGGCAUCUUAAUCUUGCAUAUAAUAGAUUUGCUAGACAGAAAUUCCCAAGAAUUGGAAUGCUUUUGGGUUUAGAGUAUCUCAAUUUGUCUAAAACCAAUCUCAUCGGUCAUAUUUCUGGUGAAAUUUCACAACUGAGCUAUUUACGUGCACUUGAUAUUUCAUCAAACCAUCUUGCUGGCCAAAUUCCAUCACUAAAUAACAAAAGCCUCAAAAUACUUGAUGUUUCACACAACAAUUUGAGUGGUGAAAUUCCUAUUUCUCUCUUAGAAAAACUCCUAUCGAUGGAGAGAUACAACUUCUCUUACAACAACUUAACCCUUUGUGCUUCGGGGUUCUCCCCCGAGACCUUUGAAACAGCCUUUUAUGGCUCAUUAAACAGCUGUCCCAUUCCUGCAAAUCCUGUCCUUUUCAAAAGAAGAGCCAAUAGACGUAAGGGUUUUAAGCUUGCCUUGGCUUUGACCAUCUCAAUGGUCUGCUUCCUUGCUGGGUUGCUAUUCCUAGCCGUUGGUUGCAGAAGGAAGUCCAGGACAUGGGUAGUUAAGCAACCUUCAUAUAAAGAGGAACAAAAUAUUUCAGGCCCCUUUUCCUUCCAAACUGACUCGACCACAUGGGUGGCUGAUGUUAAGCAAGCAACAUCAGUCCCCGUAGUGAUAUUUGAGAAACCACUAUUAAAUAUCACAUUUGCAGACCUCUUGUCUGCAACUUCAAAUUUUGAUCGGGGCACUCUACUAGCAGAAGGAAAAUUUGGGCCUGUUUAUAGAGGAUUUCUGCCUCGUGGAAUUCAUGUAGCUGUUAAAGUUUUGGUUCAUGGAUCAACGUUGACAGACCAAGAAGCUGCAAGAGAGCUUGAGUAUCUUGGUCGAAUCAAACAUCCCAAUCUUGUUCCAUUGACUGGAUAUUGCUUGGCUGGGGAUCAAAGGAUUGCUAUUUAUGAUUACAUGGAUAAUGGAAACUUGCAGAAUCUGCUACAUGACUUGCCACUGGGUGUUCAGGCAACAGAGGACUGGAGCACUGAUACCUGGGAAGAAGAUAAUAAUGGGAUACAAAAUAUCAGCUCUGAAGGGCGAUUAACAACCUGGGCAUUUCGACACAAAAUAGCCCUUGGUACCGCACGAGCACUGGCAUUUCUACAUCAUGGCUGCUCACCUCCAAUAAUCCACAGAGAUGUUAAAGCUAGUAGUGUUUAUCUUGACUUAAAUUUGGAGCCUAGAUUAUCUGAUUUUGGAUUGGCCAAAAUUUUUGGAACUGGUCUAGAGGAUGAAAUUGCACGUGGGUCACCUGGAUAUGUACCACCAGAAUUUUCUCAGCCGGAAUGUGAUGCCCCUACACCAAAAUCUGAUGUAUAUUGCUUUGGUGUUGUUUUGUUUGAGCUAAUCACAGGGAAAGAGCCAGUUGGAGAUGAUUAUCUGGAGGACCAAGAAGCAAAUUUAGUGAGUUGGGUUAGAGGAUUGGUGAGAAAGAACCAAGGUUCAAAUGCUAUUGAUCCUAAAAUUCGUGAUACAGGGCCAGAAUACCAAAUGGAGGAGGUCCUCAAGAUUGGAUAUCUGUGCACAGCUGAUCUUCCUACCAAGCGGCCAAGCAUGCAACAGAUUGUUGGCCUUCUCAAGGAUAUUGAACCAAGAGCUUCUCGAUGAAAAAUAAUGACUACAAGUUGGCCUCCUUUUCUUCUUUUUUUUUGCCUUCAAAUUUGUUUUUUUUUUACUAUGAUUUUUUCCCUUAUGCUACCAUGGGAGAGGAUGUAAAGUAAUUGUUAAAUUAUGUCUUGGUCUCUGAUAUCUUUCUCCUCACCUUUCCAUUGUUGGCAUCAUAGUUUAAUGUAUAAUUUUAUAUACACCAGUUUGAUCCUUGAAACUUUAAGCUAAAAUGCUCCUUUCAAUUUUUUUCUUAUCCUGGAAAUUGGCACUCAUUUUGCUUGGAUCCUUGUACAAACAAAUAAAUCAAUCAGAACUUGUGUUAAGGUACCGGUGAGUUAAUGGAGUCUUGACUUUCUUUGUCCCUCGAAUUGCCAAGCUUUGAAUGCUUU